AUGGCGGGAGAGGACCCCUUUGCCUUCCUGGCGACGGCGGAACCGCCCAAGCCGCUGAAGAAAUCCAACUGGCGGGAGAAGCUCUUUUCCAAGGAUCGAGACGCGAAGCAGAGCGCCCAGGAGAGAACUGAGAAACAGCUGGACGACUUCCUCGGCCCUACGCGCUCGAAGCCUCCGAACCAGGAGCCAACGCUGCCCCAGAUCGAUAAUGUCCCUCCACCGGAACCGCGUCCCUUUUCCUCGACGCCCCCUACCGGUGAGACGCAGGGCAUCCGAGUCGUGAGUCCGACCAAGAAACCUCGCCGAAAGGGGUUGCGCGUCACCUUCAGCGACCGCGCGCCUGAGAUCAUCGGAGAAGGCGGCGAUGAAUCAGAGGAGCCGACGGUGGAAAUAUUCCGGAGGCGCGACCAGCCUCAUGGUCUCGACAAUCGUCGUCCUACGUUACCACAGCUACACAUUGACACUUCUUUCCAGGACGACCAGGCAGAGCCGCAGGAACAGACAGAAGUACAGCGGACGCCGUUGCUCAUCAACACACAAGAUGCGGACUUCCUGAUGGCCUUGAAUGCGGGUGAAAGGGGGUCUAGGUUGUCUUUCCGUGCUUCUCCCGAUUCCAAUUCGUUCGCGAAACGUAUCCAUGCCCGAAUGCAGGCCGAAGAGGCUCGCGCACUGCAGCGUCGCUACGAGGAGGACCUAAUGUCCCCGACCAGUCCAGACGAUGAGCGCCAGCAGCGUCACGAGACUCUCCCUCUGCGUCCUUCGAUUUCAUCUCAACAACCCCAUGCAUCUCCACAGCCAUCAGGCCGUGAUAGCGAUAGAAAGUCUGCCAGCGCGUCUCUUCGCACGAGGCCGGCCCCGGCAGUCCAAGAUCAGGUCAAGUCUCUCCGGCAGGAACCGGAUGAGGUCCCGUCUGCCGGCAGAUCGUCGCACAGCUUGUCACCCCCCUCCCACGAGCGGAAACCCAGUAUUCCGACCGGAGAGUCUCAGCCAGUCCCCCCCAGCCACGAUACCAGAGAAGUUUCCCCGAGUCGCGAACCCCGCUCGGCUCCUAAAAUGUCUUUACGCUCGGUUGCCAAUGCAGUGGGCGAUGGCGCCUACAUAGAAUUCACCAACUAUGUCGAGCGAUACAGCAGUCUGUUCCGACUGGCCGCAGAAAGCGUCAAACCGCUGACGGAGACCUCGUUCUCCGAAUGGAUCAGGGCCGCGACAUGGUGGUUUCUGAGGGGUCGAUCCAACCUCGAAGCCGCGGUCCGGUCUGGCCGGUCAGCUGAAGCGGCCGGGGUGCAACCACCGUCUGCAGCAGCCCAACAGGCCGUCAUUGACCUGGGCAAGGCGUGGUGGAUUACCCAGCACGUCGUUCCCCAGCAUGCAGAACUGGCCCGUUAUGGGAAACUGGCUAUGGAGGCCCUCCUAGCCGUCCUGAAUACCGCGGGCGAUCAGCGGCUGGCCGGGUUGGUGACUCUGCAUCAAAAGAUUCUCAGUCAUCUCCGCGCAUUGACGAUGUCGAUGAAACGGAACAAGGUUUUGUCCGCCGUGGCAUCGACCGCAGAUGGCAUUGACCGUUCGGUGGAUACGAGUAUUUGGUUAAAGUAUCCCCUCUUCGCAGCCGACGUCACGGCCGUGCUGUCGGGAGCUGCGCGGCGAACGGUGGUGGCUGGUCCUUCUGCCAACUGGGUUAAUACUCCCGAUCUGAUGCUCUUGGGCGACACGAGUCGGUUCUUCAGCUACGGCACCAUGUUUGUGGACGUCUCCGUCAGCGCGGGCGACGACGACGACUCGCCACCAUACGUCCCCUGCGUCCUGUCGAUUAUGCGGGAUCGCACGGAUUGGUAUGUGAUGACGGCGAUCGCCAGUCAGAGCGAGCUGAUCAACGUUACGAUUCAAUCCGAUCGGAGUCAGGGACCGACCUGGGACGACGUGGACUGGGAGGUCAAGACGAGCACGAUGCGUGUCAGGCUCCCCCGAGGAUUUCAGCUGGAUGUCGUAUUUCAGGAGCAGGACUUCAAAAUUAUCUGGAACAUCGUCAAGUACACGCUUAAGACCGAGGCGAGCAUGCAACCGGAGGCCGACGAGACCCUGGUUUUCGAGGAUACGCUUAAAGUCUUCCAGUACAUGGACCCGGGCACGCCCAAGGCGUUUCCCGCCGAACCUUCACAGCGAUGCCGCGUUCGCUUGUUCGAAAAGUCAGCGACUGUGACUGAAGGGACGGGACCCCGCAAAGCCCAUCGCGGCUUCCGGCUGACCGUUGUCACCAGCCCCAAGGUGAAGACGCUGAGCAGCGUCCGCCACACGCUUGGAAACGGAGCGCCUAUUGUCUUUGGCUAUCUCCGGGGUGAAGACGGCGCCCCGGCGCUGCUGCUCAAUGUCAAAGAGGAGGGGAGAAACCGAUCCAUGGUGCUGACCUUUGAUGAACUCGAGCGCCGAACCACCAUGCAUUCGCUCCUGGUGGGCAUGCUCGCGAGCGACCGAGAAUUCACGAGCCCUGAUAUUCCUUUCCGAUCCUUUUCUAUCGAGCAACCGCCAGAGGCAGCCAGUCCGGGGAUCACCCAUCUGCAGUUUGCUGCCGGGUCGGUGUCCGUGAUCGACCUGGAACCGGCCUAUGUGGAACAACACGGCUAUGCUCCUCAGAUCUUGUCAGAGCACCUGCGAGCGUUGGUGUCCACCGACUGGGGCACCGUCACGGACCGGAUGAAUCUGGGGCCGGGAGAGAUGAAGAUCGCGUUGGACGUCAACAAGAAUACCGUCUUCUAUAUGCUGCGGUCUGGUCAGGAAGAUCUGACCGUGUCGGUGGCCGAGAAUCUGGUGAGGAAGGACCUGCCAGAUCGAUUGACGGAGUUCCUGCAAGCGGCCAAAACAAAGCCGAUGAUCCGGCGGUACGAGUUUGCCUCGUUGGAAGAGCGUCAUUGGGCUAAUUUCGAAUCUAGUAUCGCGUCCACCUUUGCCAUCUCCCGGCGACGCAUGGUCGUUCCCAUCCACAAGAAGUGGGAAGCAACAGCGACUCGGGUCCAGGUGGUGCAGCAGAACAAGACGAUCCAGCUGCUGGCGUUCUUCGGCAGUGAUUUCAGCCACGGCAAGUGCAUGAACUUUGUCCUCAAGGGGACGGAUACCUACGAGAGCUUCAACCGGUCCGGCAAGUCGGGGGUGCGCAUCGUUGAUGCCAAAUUCGCGUUGCCCAAGACCGACGAUGACGAGAGCUCGCGAUUCGUCUGCCUGGACAUGCCGGAAUAUCCGAUUGAGCACGAUGAUAUCAAUAUUCUUUUUGAGUCGGAAACAGACCGGAAGAAUUUCCUUGCCGUCAUGCCGGGGUCGCUGAGAGAGCCGUCCCGGAUGGGCUCGCUACGACGGUAG